AUGUCGGAAACUAGCGGGGUGUCUUCCCCCGCGGUCUCCCUCUCCGCCUCAGCCCCGCAGCUCCGAGCGCGCGAGGCGGCCCCGCCGAGCCGGAGCGCCCCAGUCCCGCCGCGGGGACCUGUAGGGCCCGGGGCGCAGGCGCCGCCUUAUGACGUCAGGACGCGCGCGCUCUUCAGCUGGCGUGACUCCCGUCGUGCCUUGCGCGCGCGGAGCUGGAGCGCGGGCUUUUCGACUGGGCGCAGGCGCGCGGGCGCUGGGGGCCGAGAAGGCCCAGCGGGAGACCCAGAGCAGGACCUGCAGCCCGGGGCGUCUGGACCCCGUUCGCACGCGAGGCGCCGCCGAACGGAUCCUGCGCGUACCACCCGGAGGGCGACGACAGACUUCCUGCUGCUUGCCUGCGUGUUAGAGGAGCUGGAGGAGCCACACUGCCAGGACACAGACUCAGAUGUGCCCGAGCCGAGGGACAGCAAGUGCAAGGUCAAGUGGACCCAUGAGGAGGAUGAGCAGCUCAGGGCCCUGGUGAGGCAGUUCGGACAGCAGGACUGGAAGUUCCUGGCCAGCCACUUUCCUAACCGAACUGACCAGCAAUGCCAGUACCGGUGGCUGAGGGUUUUGAACCCAGACCUGGUGAAGGGGCCGUGGACCAAAGAGGAAGACCAGAAGGUCAUCGAGCUGGUCAAGAAGUACGGCACCAAGCAGUGGACGCUGAUCGCCAAGCACCUGAAGGGCCGGCUGGGCAAGCAGUGCCGCGAGCGCUGGCACAACCACCUCAACCCCGAGGUGAAGAAGUCCUGCUGGACCGAGGAGGAGGACCGCAUCAUCUGUGAGGCCCACAAGGUGCUGGGCAACCGCUGGGCCGAGAUUGCCAAGAUGCUGCCGGGCAGGACUGACAAUGCUGUGAAGAACCACUGGAACUCUACCAUCAAAAGGAAGGUGGAGACGGGGGGCUUCCUGAAUGAUUCCAAAGACUGCAAGCCCCCUGUGUACCUGCUGCUGGAGCUGGAGGACAAGGACGGCCAGCCCAGUGUCGUCUCCACCGACGGCCAGGGCAGUCUUGUGAGCAGCUGGCUCCCAGCACCCCCUGGCGUCAAGGAAGAGGACAGCAGUGAGGAGGAGGCCCUGGCACCGGCCACAUCCCAGGACCUGGACUCCAUCCCUGAGGAGCUGGACAGAGUGCAGACGCCGGAGCCCAGGGAGGAGAGCUUUCCACCUGGAAUAAGCUUGCCCUUCAAGUGGGUGGUGGAGGCCACCAAUCUGCUCAGCCCGGUCGUGGGCUCGUCCAGCCUCUCCGAAGCCCUGGACUUAAUCGAGUCGGACCCCGAUGCGUGGUGUGACCUGAGUAAAUUUGACCUUCCCGAGGAGCCAUCCUUGGAAGGCAGCCUUAGCAUCAGCCCGGAGCAGCCGGAACCCCAGCAGCAGACCCCGGGGCCCGGCCAGCGGGGCGUCCCGGUGUCCAGCGUGACCGAAUACCGCCUGGACGGCCACACCAUCUCCGACCUGAGCCGGAGCAGCCGGGGAGAGCUGAUCCCCAUCUCCCCCAGCACCGAGGUCGGGGGCUCUGGCAUCUGCACGCCACCCUCGGUGCUCAAGCGGCAGAAGAAGAGGCGUGUCGCCCUGUCCCCCGUCACCGAGAGCAGUGCCAGCCUGUCCUUUCUGGACUCGUGCAACAGCCUCACCCCCAAGAGCACGCCUGUCAAGACCCUGCCCUUCUCCCCCUCCCAGUUUCUGAACUUCUGGACCAAACAGGACACGCUGGAGCUGGAGAGCCCCUCCCUGACGUCUACCCCUGUGUGCAGCCAGAAGGUGGUGGUCACCACACCCCUACACCGGGACAAGACGCCCCUGCACCAGAAGCACGCUGCGUUUGUAACCCCAGAUCAGAAAUACGCCACGGACAACACUCCGCACACGCCGACCCCGUUCAAGAACGCGCUGGAGAAAUACGGACCACUGAAGCCCCUGCCGCAGACCCCGCACCUGGAGGAGGACCUGAAGGAGGUGCUGCGCUCGGAGGCCGGCAUCGAGCUCAUCCGCGAGGAUGACGGGCGGCCCGAGAAGCAGAAGAGGAAGCCUCUGCUGCGGCGGAGCCCCAUCAAGAAAGUCCGGAAAUCUCUGGCUCUCGACAUCGUGGAUGAGGACCUGAAGUUGAUGAUGUCCACACUGCCCAAGACAAUGGCCUUGCCGGCCCGUGUGGCUCAUAGCCCGCCCAGCCUCGCCCUGCCCACUGGAAAGGAGGACAACAGCUUGCUGAAUCAGGGCUUCCUGCAGGCCAAGCCGGAGAAGGCGGGGGUAGCCCAGAAGCCAAGGAGCCACUUCCCAACACCAGCCCCUAUGACCAGGGCCUGGAAGGUGGUGGCCUGCGGGGGCACCAGGGACCAGCUCUUCAUGCAGGAGAAAGCCCGGCAGCUCCUGGGCCGCCUGAAGCCCAGCCACACGUCACGGACGCUCAUCCUGUCCUGAGGGCCCGGACGGUCACAGGCCUUGCUCAUGUUUACAGAGGGGAGGGCACUGGGAUUUCAAGAACACACUCAGGUGACUUGGGCCGGCCAGGCCAGGCACCACCUCAUUCAUCUACCUGCAAGGAGGAGCCUUCAGCUGCCAGCCCUUGCCCAGAGGGCUUGGGUCGAGUGAAGAUGGGCCACCACGUGUGUGUGGCUGUGGACAGCCCCUGGUGCUAAUGAAGUAAAACCCACUUCCUGGGCCUACCCACCUACACCCCGUGCUCCCCCCAGCACCUCAAGGCGCCCCAUCGGUUUCUCCAGGCGGCCCUGGUCAGGCUUGACGUCUGCUCCAGCCCCUCAGGUGGGCCUGGCCGGGGUGUGCCUUCCCUCGGCCCCUGUUGGAACAUUUUUUUUACAAGAAUAAAACUGCCCUGCCCUGUG